UGUAGCUGUGGUUCAUUGGUGAAGUCUCCUGGGCAAAAGACGUUGGGCUGUAGCAAGGAACACAUCAGUUACCCCAAGAAAGCCAGUGAUAAUACAGAAGUCAAAAUGCCAGUCCCACAAGCUGACGUGGAGAACCAGAGGAGACAAAACAUUUUGAAUGCCAGCGCCGAGAUACAAGGAGAUAAUUUUAACCUAGGCAAGAAGAUCAGCACUCCUCGAGAUGUAAUGAUGGAGGAACUGAAACUGCUGUCCAACAGAGGCUCCAGGAUGUUCCAUGAGCGACUGAAGAGGGUUGAGAGGUUUACCCUGGAAAACGCAAACACACAGACUUGUGAUGGUACUCAAGAGGGCAUAAGUGGAGGACGGGGCAAGGAGUCAGCAUUGACAGACUCUUCUGGGGCACAGAAAGGAGGAAAAGACGGAGAAGGAGAUGGCCAGGGAAAAACAAAGAGAAAGGGCAACCCCAGCAUUCUAGCUCCAGGUUACUCUGGGCCACUGACAGAGGUGCCUCAUGAGCGAUUCAACAUCACCAUCAUCCCAAAGUCCUACUGCUCGCCUUGGCACGAACGGAGUGACGGUGACGCAACGGUGGCCGCCAUCAGUGCCAACCUCCCAGACCCGCCAUUCAAACGCACCCCCGCCAACUACAAAUGCUUCAACAGGGCUCCGACGCCUUUCGAAGGAACAGCGGGCAGCGUGCGGACAUUUCCCCUGCCGUGGUUCGAGCUCAACCAGGCCUACACAGAGUCCAUGAUGACCUGGGAGCGCAUCAAUGCCCGGCCCAGCUUCAACCGUGCCCCUCGAGGCUGGAUCUCCCAGCGCUGUACAGUGGAGACCAUCGACCUGUGAGGAUUGGGGGGGAGAAGAGAAGCUGAAGCGCCCGAAUCACUGGCCAAGCUCUGUGCCCCGCUAACCGACUGACAGUGGCCUGUGUCUGAGAGUACUUUCCAAUACCCCAACUCCCGUCCUCCCCAAGCGCGCGUUGCCUCGUGAAGCAGUCACUAGACGUCAUUGACGACAGGAGUUUGAUUCAAUAUCUCGCAAACACACAAUUGAAAGCUCAUUUUCUCAUUUGCAAUCGGGAUGUUGAAAGGGGAGAAGUCCCAAAAAAAUGGUUGUUGUAGCUAGGUUGACAGCGGGGAAACUUUAUUCGUUUUCUCCACGGAGACGGGCCCCAUGUGAAGCGCCAGGCCACAAGCACUGGUCGAGGACAGGAUUCAGGAUAUUGAAAAGAACCCUUGGCCUUUUGGGGUGGUUCAAUUGAGGAUUAUGGCAGCAAAACAAUACAAUGCAACAUGGCAGCUGAUUUAAAGGUGGUGAGUGUAAGGGACCCAAUAGGGGUUUUAAGAGAGGACAGCUUUUAUGAAAGAUGUUAUUAUGAAGAAAGCUUUUUACCCCACUCAAUCUUAAAUCUCCAUAUCAUGACAAAGAAAUCCAAGAAAUUCACAAACUGGAAAAUGUUUAAUGUUUCAGUUUUCUCAUGUACCAAAAUGGUUUUACAAAACAAUAUACAAACGAUUGGACAUCUCACAAAGCAUUGUAAAACAAUGACUGGGUUGGUCAGGACAAGGCAGUAUACAGCCAUGACAAUAGAAUGGCAGCGACAGCUUCAUACUGUGCAACAGAUUGAGAUCAUACACUACACAGGGACAAUGCCGCCACCUGGUGGACCACAACGUUUACUGAACUGACAAGAGUCAAUUACACAUUUCCGGUUUCGGUCUCUGAUUGAUUACUGUAACUAAGUGUAUAAUAAAGGAAAAUCUCCCCUGACUUACAUAAAAAACACACCAUUGAUGUGAUGUGUGAUCAAUGUUCAACACUCUGGAAC